AUAAUAUAUAUACAUAUAGAGAGAGAUAUAUACAUACAUGCACUUUGUUUUAAUUUUGAUCGAUUUCAAUAUAUACUACGUAGGGUACCGAGUAAUAUUAAUUAAAUUGAAUAGAUCCAUCUGAGCGCAUCAUCAUGACUCUCUUCAGCUUCAGGAAGCUAUCCUACACCAAAUCAGCAGCAGCAGCAAGAAGAAAGGAUGAAGUGAAAGAAAGCGAAGCUGGCAGCUGCUUAAGGAACAAGUCAUCAAGCGUGAACCGCGAAUACAUGGAAGCUUUUAGAACCAAGUCUUACGUCGAAGUCCAAACACAGCUGCUAGCGGCCAAUACUACUUGCGGUGCUGCUGCGGCGGAGGAACACCGUCUACACACCACACCGUCACACCGCCGCCUCCAACUCUGCCACCUCUUAGCUGGCGCUGACGAUGAUCAGUUACAAUAUUAUUAUUCUUCCCAACCUCAUGACCACCACCCCCUCCUCAAUGAAUACUUCCUUGUCAGCCUCGAAGCCUCUAAAAUGUGUGAAUCCCUCCUCAAAAACGUCCUCCACACCAGAACCAACUAUGACAAGAACAUCAAAUGCGCUACCAAAGGAGUGGCGGGCGGGCGGGGGGUUUGGAGCGCCGAGCAGCUGCAACGCGCGUAUGCGCAGCUGCAGUCAUUCUCGGCGCUCAGGAACCCCCUCUCGACCGCCUCGCAGGUGCGGUUCAAUGAGGUGCAGGACGGCCACUUCGCCCUGCUACACCGCCUCACCUCACGCGCAAGAAAGCUAAAGAGGAAGAUGAAGCUGCUGAGGCUGUUACGCAAGGCGCUCGGGGCCACGCUCGCGGUGGGUUGCGCUGCCCUCGCUCUGGCCUUCACGCUUGUCGCGGUUCACUGUGCGGCCCUUUGCGUGCUGGCGAGUCCCGGGGUGGUCUCUUUAUUGUUGGGCGGCGUGCGGAAGCAGCAGCAGAAGGGGAAGAAGCAGCCGAGGCGGCUGCAGCGGCGGGAAAGGGUGUACUUGCAGCUGGACGCGGCGGCAAAGGGGGUAUACGUUCUGAUCAACGACUUUGGGACGAUGAGUAGGCUGGUGGGGAGGGUGCACGACGAGACGGAACACAACAGAGCGAUGGCGGGGCUGUGUGCGAGAAAGCAAAAUGAUGAGAUGGUGAAGGAGGUGGUGCGCGGCUUGGCAGCACACGAAGCGGGCUUCUCCGACCACUUGAAGGAGCUGGAACAACACAUCUAUUUGUGCUUUCUCAACAUUAUUAGGUCUAGGAGGAUGGUUCUCCAACAAAUUAUCAACUCCGCCCUCUGAUCUCAUCCAAAAUUUAUUUCAUUCACAUACUAGUCUAUAUUUUUACCUAUACCUAGCAGCAUGUUCAAGUUUUGUAAUAUGUUUUGAUUUGUGAUGAGCAACACGGCAUGUACAUGCAUACAUAUAGUAUAAUGUACGUAUAUAGCCAGCAUAGCUAGGUAACUAGUAAUAGUGCAGGGAUAGAGAUAAUUACACUAGGUGUUUAUGUAUUUCACAUUGUACUCUUUUAUUAUAAAUAUAUAUAGUGAUAAUUACCCUAGGUGGUGAAGCCCGACACCGUUAAAUUAAAAAGUAAUAGAGUGUUAUAUUAAGAUUUGA